AUGCCUGCUUUAUUACUAAAUCACGACGGCCGUGAAGGUGCGCCAACCACCAAGGAAGAUCCUGCGGAUUAUGGUUUCAUAGUAGUACAUCAAAAGGUCGAGCUUGAAAUUGAUUUUUCGACGAAGAGUUUACGGGGUAAAACCCACAUUGAAAUUCUUCCACAGACAAAAGAACUUCAGACCAUUCACAUACAUGCACGACAAUGCUCUAUACCACAAAGAGAGGUUUUGGUGAAUGGCCGGGUUGCGUCUUUCUCGUACGAAGAUCCUCACAAAAAAUUGGAAGUCCCCGAGUAUUAUUCAUGGGAUGCACAAUCGCACAAGAUGCAAAGCGACAGAGUGAAGUUCAUGACUUCGGACAACAAGCUAGAAGGUACGAUAGAGAUUGAGCUACCGGAUAGUGUGAAAAUUGAAGAAAUUGAUACAUUCUCCGAGAAGGCAGCAACACCGGUCACUCAACGUGCUGGUGGCGUCGCUGGGGCCCGCAACUCGUCAGUUGCGCUCGAAGGAGGUUCAGCUUCCCUUCCUAUUUUUGCUGCGAAGACGGCUGCAGAACAGGCAUCUAGAUUCAAGCCUUUGACUGUCACUAUUCCUUUCGUUACUACACAAAUUCGAGAUGGCCUGCAGUUCGUAGGAGUUGAAGAGGGGGAUGUGAGAUUCCCUCAUGUUUAUACCAAACAUUCUAUAGAGCGAGGCGUGGCAUGCUGUAUCUUCCCCUGUGUUGAUGAUUCGGCGAUGAGAUGUUCGUGGGAUAUUUCCAUCAAGUGUUCAAGAACCCUUGGAGAUGCACUCAAGCGACGACCCAACAUCCACAAUCACAAAUCAGGACAUACAAACGCAGCUUCUCAGAAGACAGAUAUUGAUGAAGUCUUUCUCAACGACGAAGAGAAGCUUCUUGAGAUGGCAGUGAUCUGUUCUGGUGAACAAGUCGAUGAAGUGAUUGAUUUGGAUGAUAGUUCUAAAAAGAUUGUAUCAUUUCAAUGCACUUCUGACAUAGCAGCAACACAUGUAGGUUUCUCCAUUGGUCCAUUUGAACAAGUCGAUUUGUCAGAAUAUAGAGAGGGCGAAGAUGAAGAACGACUUGGGCAAGGUCAGUCAACUGCCAUAUAUGGCUACUGCCUACCCAGAAGAUCAGAAGAAUUGAGGAAUACUUGUGCACCAUUGGCUCAUGCUAUUGAUCACUUUGUACUUAGUUUGGGCAGUUUCCCAUUUUCAGAGUCAAAAUUUGUCUUUGUUGAUGAUCAGGUAAAUGACACGGAACACACUGCAUCUCUAUCCAUUUGCAGUAAUCGACUUCUAUUCCCGGAAGAUAUUAUCGAUCCAGAGAUGGAUAUUGUCAGAAAACUGGUUCACGCCAUUGCUAGCCAAUACGUUGGCGUUGGCAUUGUGCCAGACCGUCGUACCGAUAGAUGGCUCAUUGCCGGCAUUUCUAAUUUUAUGACAAACAGUUUUAUGAAAAACCUUUGCGGAAACAACGAGUUCAUGUUUCGUCAAAAACUGAAUACAGAACGACUUGUCAAGCUGGAUAUUGACCGACCGUCCCUGCACGCCCUUGGUGAGAUCGUGGAUGUAUGUGAUGAUUUCCGAGAAUUUAUGGAGUUGAAAGCUCCUCUUAUUCUUUUCAUUCUGGACAAGCGUAUCGCAAAAGCUCAAGGAGGCACUGGUAUAUCAAGAGUCAUUUCUAAGAUGAUUGUUAACGCAAAUGCUAAUGGAGGCACCGAUUCUACAAUAUCGACAGAAGGAUUCCGCAAAAGUUGUGAGAAAAUCACCAAGUACAGAGAUACCGAUUCUUUCUUCACUCAAUGGGUUCAUGGCUCAGGAUGUCCACAUUUUACUAUCACCCAAAAGUUCAACAAGAAGAGAUUGUGUGUGGAAAUGACAAUUACACAAACUCAGGCACACCUGGAGACGGAACCUAAAUUGCACAAGGAUGGCUUCUAUAGGGCUUUUAAGGAGUCGGAUAAUGGAGUAAAUCAAUCAAAAGCACAAAGUACAUUCACCGGACCGUUAACAAUUCGAAUCCAUGAGGCUGAUGGUACACCCUAUGAACAUAUCGUUAUGAUCAGAGAGAAGACAUCAAGAAUUGAAAUUCCGUAUAAUACAAAGUACAAGCGUCUGAAGCGCAAUCGGCGUAUGAAGGAACGUGCAAAUGCAGGAACCGCUAUGGAUGGUCUCGAAAAUCAUGACGACGCUCUCAUUUAUUGUUUAGGGGACGUACUGCAGUCACCGCAAGAUAUGCAAGAGUGGGGUUUACGAGAUUGGGAUCCGAUCACAGAAGCGAAGAUGGAAGCUGAAUCAUAUGAGUGGAUUCGUGUUGACGCCGACUUUGAAUGGAUUUGCGACAAGAAGUUCACUGGUAUGGAAGCAUACAUGUAUGUUUCCCAGCUUCAACAAGAUCGCGAUAUCGCGGCUCAAUAUGAAUCUAUGGCAUACCUUGACAAUGCUCCUCCUCAUCCACUCGUUGCUACGUUCCUGAUUAGAACGUUGAUGGACAGGCGUUAUUUCUAUGGCAUUCGAGCAAUGGCUGCAAAAUCUCUUGCUAAGCACGCAGUGGAGAAGGACGUGAAAUGGAUAGGCCUUAAGCAUCUCGAAAAAGCUUACCAUGAAUUCUUCUAUUUUCCAGGUGCAAAAACGCCCAAGGCAAAUGACUUUUCUGAUAAGCAAGCUUACUGGAUUGAAUGCGCUAUUGUUGAAGCAGUGUCAAGGAUCAGAAGCAUGUACGAUUCUACUUGCCCCUCAACAGCGCAAAAGUUCAUAAUUGAAGCUCUUCACUUCAACGACAACGGAAACAAUCCCUACUCAGACAGUUUCAAGAUUGCGAACAUUUUGAAGGCAUUGGCAAACUCUUUGAUUCCUGGUGCCAAGGGCGUCGAUAAUCACGUGCUUGAACUUGAUGACGCUGAAGAAACUGGAGGAAAGGCAGGGAGUAUAGAUUAUCGAACGAUUAUUUUGGAUGAGCUAGACAGAUAUAGUAGGAUGGAUGAGUGGCUAGAUUCUUACCAGAAUAUCUACACAAUCACAGUCAUCGAGUGUAAGCUGAAGUUGAUGAACGCUGGUGUGAUACCAGUGGAUGCACUUGACUUUGCUCAAUACUUUCAUGAUGGCAGUGCCCAACGUGUGCGAAUUAAGGCUGCUUGGGCACUUGCGGACCUUGGAUUUUUGAAGAGCACUGCUGUAGCAUGUCUACUUGUGACUGCUGCUAGCACAGAUCCAUCACCCUGGGUCCGAAGUGAGCUGACAAAGGUGUUCUAUUAUGGAUUGGGGGUCCUCGGACUUGGCGAAUACAAAAACAAACGAGUUGCCGCUCCUGUAGCCAAGGAUGGCUUGAUUAUCGAAGAAGCUUCCACGUCCGCACGUCAGGAACAAGCCGAGCGCAGUAAUGUAAUCGGCGCACUGGCUUCACUCAAGUUAGAAGUCGGAGGAAAUACCGAUCUGAAGAAUGCCUUGUGGAAAGCUGUUCUCUCUCCCGUUAUCACAGUGGCAGAACAAAUGGACUUUCUUCAACUCUGCACAAUGUUCUGCUAUCCCAAGGAGUCUUUGACCUUGAAGCUAAGGUUACCUCGUUAUUGGAAGGUCGAGCAUCGUGGCAAGGGUCGAUUAGUCUUCAAACACACCGAUAAAGUUCGGACCAAAGUUCGCAAGAUCAAACCAGCUGCUGUUGCUACACCUCAUCCACCAGUAGAAUCCUCCACCGUCACUCAACCCGUUCAAGGACCAUCGGUAGAAAGGCCAUCGCUACCACUCAAGUUAAAAAUUGGCAGUUCAUCUGCUCUGAAGCUUAACAAUCCAUCUGCUAUUAAACUUGGCACUCCAUCAUCUGCCAUUAAGCUUGGGUCACCAUCUGCUAUCAAGCUUAAUAAUUCACCUGCUCUUAAGUUUGGUAACUCAUCCGGUGGGCUCAAGAUAGCCACAUCAUCUUCUGGGGUCCCUAAGCAUUCCAGCUCAGCAGCAUCAUCAUCAUCAUCCGGAAUUCCCAAGUCUUCAACCUCUUCAGGAUCAGCAUCCGCAAUUCCUAAGUUUUCAGGCUCCUCAGCAUCAUCAUCUGGGCUUUCUAGGCCUUCUCCAAACUCUUCAAGUGCAUCGAAAUAUUCUAGCUCUACGCACCCUGCCCCAGCAACAUCGAAAUCUUCUGGUUCACUUAAAUUUUCUAGUUCAUCCGGUGAUAUGAAACCACCUAAACGACCUCUUCCAGCUGAUAUUGCAGAGAGUUCCAAUUCUUUACAUAAGGACAAGAAACAAUAUGAGGGUUCUAGCUCUUUGCAUAAAGACAGAAAACAUUAUGAGAUUUCAAACUCGCUACACAAAGAGAAAAAGCAGAGAAAGAUGGUUAAACUCAAGAUUCCUCCAUCCAAGUUGAAAGAGAUUCUUGCGUCGACCCGCAACCCAUCAGCAAAACCUUCAUUAUCAUCUCAAUCCUCAUCCCAAUCCACUUCGAACCCGAAACGACCAUCUCCGAGACCCUCAUCCGCACAACCGGUCAGGGCUAGUCCUGCCCUUUCUAACCCAUCUAGUUCGUCAACCCACACAUCUUCCAACUUCAAGAAGUCAACAAAUUCAAUUCCAGGUGUAGCAACUAUUCGAAAACCUCUCCCCGAAGGCAGAAAACCUUUACCGGAUUCGGCACCAAAUCUUUCGCAGGCACCUCCCACUCCUGCUGAUGCGCCGGCGGUACCCAAGAAGACAACCAUUAAGCUCAACUUCAAACCUAAACCCAAACCUUCAUUCUCUUGA